ACUUCAGAUAGAUGACAUCUAUAAUUUAAAUGAAUCACAAAAGGCUGCUUUAGAUAAAGCAAAAGCAUACAUAAGAGAAAUACAAACUGUGUUAUUGCAAACAAUUGAUAAAAGAAAUGAGUCACCACCAAUUGAUUCUUAUUAUUUUUCAACUUCUAACCUGGGAUUAACAUCUGGGAUAAUGGAUCUUCGAUCUAUAUCU